ACGUUGUUCACUUCCGGGUUUCGUGUUGACAUAUACGGGGCGAAGAACCGAUGUGGCCAGCAUGCUCCAGUGCCUCGGCUAUUGCAUCUGUUCUCUGAAAACUGUUUUAUGAAUGCUGUUCAGAAAUGACGGCUACUCGACGUCAUGUCAAGGAACACAUGGAAGUCUACACGAGCUCCAAUAGAAGUGGGCGUGGUCGCAAAUAGCUCCACUGUGAAUCUGUGAUUCCACACAGGAUAAACAUACGGGCGUUCAACUUUUACUGGUGCCACAGAUGACGCGAUAGUUUUUGCGCUGACAGUAGACAUGGGUAAAGCAUUUACAAAGCAGGAGACCUUGCCCCAUGUGAAACCAACCAACUCUCGACCGGCUUACCAAGUCUUGUAUGAACACAGUGGGACCAGCUCCCUUGUGUGUGACUGCCUGGUGUAUGGAUUGCAACCACACUGUACAGAAAACAGGCAUUUCCAUGCAUCUGUUGGAAAGUUGGGAGAGCUAAUUGUUCGAGAUUUGUCCUAUAAACGGAAGUGGAUAAUUGAAACAGCUAUUGACAAGAAAUGCCUAAUACCAAAGAAAGUUAUGAAAGGCACUGGUCUCAUUCAUUGCACUGUGAUUGGUUUCAGCAAAGGUGUUGCUGUGAUUCAGUGUUUUUUGCAGCGAGCUAUAAACUUCUUCAUUUGUGACAUCAAUAAAGAAAAAAUACUUUGUAAUUUCGAGAGGAGGUACCAAGGUCAAGAAAAGUUGCACUUGUUUGAAUGUUGUAUGAGUAUGGAUCUACAGUACAUUGUGCUCAAGAAAAACCCUCUUUAUCAACCAGUGUGUUUCGCGGGUUAUGAACGGCAUGAUUUUAUCUUGUUGAAAAUGUCAUUCGAUUUGUCAUGCUGUACAGAAAUCCCCCUCCCAGAGAUGUCUUUUGAAAGAAUGUCUGUUUCUUUUGAUCCUGAUGUUCCAACAAAGUCACUCAUCGUGGCAAGAAUGAACACUUGUGGACCUAAAUUAUACCGGAUUAUUCUGGAAGAUUGUACAACAUCUAUUACUGAAGACAUUGCCCCAGGUUGUGCAGCUGCCCAUGACAAGUUUUCAGUUCUGCAACACAUCCGUGACCAACGUUUAGUCAUACUGUCAGUACUGGGAGAUUCCUCAAAUAAUCCAUUACCUGCCAUCUGCAAAAAUUUCAAUGUUACCAACUACAUGUAUGACUUGAAUUUACAAUUUAAAGGACAAUUCACAUACAUAUCUUCAAAUGGCCUCCAUCAUUUUGCGCCAGUGUUUUCACCAAGUGGACAGUUCCUCUCAUGUGCUCAGCAAGUUCUCAGUCUUGUUUCCUCAUUCCGUCUGAAGACAUUGAAAGAAACGUGUCGAGCAUCGCUUCAAGAACUUGUUUUAUCUGAGGAUAUGGUAAAGCUGCCUUUACCUCCAUCUCUUGUGCGAUACAUUCAGGGCGAUGAUGGUGCUUGUCAUUUACAGCGGUGAUUUCAUUGUGCAGUCCCAUCUUCCCGAGGCAAGAGCGUCCACUAGCCUUGUUAUCAAAGUCUUGUUUCCACCCUUGCCACAUCAAGCCCACUUUCCUGUGCACAUAUGGAUAGUCCAAUCAGAAAACGUUUCACAAAUUAACAUCCAUGACCGGUUCACCUUCGUAUGAAAGUGAUUUACCGCUGCCUGUCUUUGUUGACACGUCUUUUUCAACCUUUGAACCCACCAACUAUUGCCUAUGUUUUUGUGUCAGGGAUGAAAUGCGAAUGUUUUUGUUAUCUGAUCGACUAGUUCUUUGCCUAUGGUAGUCGCCAUCUUUGUGAAGCUAUACAAGAUAAGAACAGUGAUCUGAUAGGAUAUCGCGUUUUCAUUCAUUAAGGGGCACAACUCGUGAUCUAUGUGAGGUGGUGCCAGGGUCGAGCCAGAGUCAGGCCAAGGGUGGCCGUGAUGUAGCAAGGGUAGAAACUAGGCUUUCAUGUAGGCUAGUGGACACGGUUGCCUCGGGAAGAUGUGUGCAGUCCAUGCAGUUAAUGUUGUGCCUCAUUAUCACAAGUGUUGGCUUUAGUCUUAUUGAGUACAUACAUCUACUUACAUAGCAAGAAGACAGCAAGUGCAACACAGUCUAUAUUCAUCAGCUUGUAAAGAGGUUGUUUGGGGUUAUGUUAUCUAUUGCUGUCUUUGAUAAUCUCUAAUACACAUUGCUUUCUUACCAUAACAUAUCCACAUUGUCCCUGUGAUUAUCUCCCUUGUGCACUCAAGCUGUGAUAGGUGUCAUCAAUUCUGCAUAGUUGGACCUGAUAGUCAGAACACCCUGCUAUAAAGACCAUGACAUCUCUCCAUGUGAUAGCCCUGCUUGUGUGUACCUGCUCCGAUAAGUCUGUGAUCACUUCUGUAUAGUUGGAACUUUCAAUUAGAACACCCUGCUAUAAAGACCAUGACAUCUCUCCAUAUGAUAACCCUACUUGUGUGUACCUGCUCCGAUAAGUCUGUGAUCACUUCUGUAUAGUUGGAACCUUCAAUUAGAACACCUGGCUUUACAGAACAUGACAUAUAUCCAUGUGAUAACCCUGCUUGUGUGUACUUGCUGUGGUAGUUCUGAGGUUUAUUCUGUAUUGUGAGACCCUGUUAAUCAGGACACUCUGCUUUACAGACCAUAACAGCUCUACAAUCUCAUCUUGAGAUUACCUCCCUUGUGUGUAUGUAUAGUUUGAAGCUGAAGGGUUGGGACGGGUCCAAAUUUACCACCCGGGUACCCACCCCAAAUUGCCCGACCCCGGUACCCCCUGUCGAUAUCAGGAGCAGAGCUCCAGAUAACUUUUUGAACAAUUGAGUUUUUACUCUAGGGUUUCUAUAAUAAUUGGGUUAUUACAUUUUUCACUUGGUAACCAAUAUUUUUUCACUUAUCUAUUUAUCAUAUUGUUUUUUUUCCAAGAUUAGUGAACAUUUUUUAUGUAUGUAACUGUUCUAAAGAUAUAGGCUUGACUCGGAAAGUAAAUUAGCUCGUGAUUGUGUUUUGGAAAUUAGCUUCUUUGUACCCAUGCUGAAAAAGCUUCAUUGGGUAUAUACGCGUGCUGUUUUUAUACAUUUGAGUUUUUCAUUCAAUACAUGCGUUUCUUUACGCAAGUUAAUUAAAAGUUAUUGGGUUUUGAA